AUGGCGGCGCAGUUGGUGGCAGCGGCGGGCACCGCGGUGGCCAGGCCGCUGGCCGGCGGAUCUGGGCCCGACGCGCCUCGUGGCGGGGCGAGGAUGCCAAGGGAGAGGUGGAGCGGCGCUGUGGCCGCGAGGGGACGCCGCGAGUCCCAGGCGGUAUCCGUCAUAAGCCGCGCCCCGCGCCCCGAGGCCGUGGUGCUGCCGGUGUCGCCCGACGACGACGCGGCCGUAAAGGAGGAAGCAAACUUCCAGCACCUUAAGGCUAUCCAGCAGCUUGCAACUGCAGCAAAUGGUGUGUGGUCUAAACCAAAUGUAAGGCGCAAGACAAAGAUCGUGUGUACAAUCGGCCCUUCAACUAACACAAGGGAGAUGAUAUGGAAACUCGCUGAGGCUGGCAUGAAUGUGGCUCGGCUUAAUAUGUCACAUGGAGACCAUGCAUCACACCAGAAUGUUAUUGAUCUGGUGAAGGAGUAUAAUGCAUCACAUGCUGACAAUGUGAUUGCUAUCAUGCUUGACACAAAGGGACCAGAAGUUCGAAGUGGAGAUUUGCCUCAACCGAUAUUUCUGGAAAUCGGGCAAGAAUUCACUUUUACAAUCAAAAGGGGAGUUGGGACUGAUACAUGUGUUAGCGUUAACUAUGAUGACUUUGUUAAUGAUGUUGAAGUUGGCGACAUGCUCCUUGUAGAUGGAGGAAUGAUGUCAUUCUUGGUCAAAUCAAAAACUGAAGAUUCUGUGAAAUGUGAAGUUAUUGACGGUGGUGAAUUGAAAUCUAGGCGCCAUCUGAAUGUUCGUGGAAAGAGUGCAACCUUGCCAUCAAUAACUGACAAGGAUUGGGACGACAUUAAGUUUGGUGUGGAUAAUCAGGUCGAUUACUAUGCUGUUUCUUUUGUGAAAGAUGCUCAAGUUGUCCAUGAACUCAAGGAUUAUCUAAGAAGUUGCAAUGCUGACAUACAUGUAAUUGUAAAAAUCGAAAGUGCAGACUCCAUCCCAAACCUACAUUCAAUCAUCACAGCAUCUGACGGGGCUAUGGUUGCCAGGGGUGACCUUGGAGCUGAACUGCCCAUCGAGGAGGUGCCGCUGUUGCAGGAAGAAAUUAUUAGAAUGUGCAGGAGCAUGGGGAAGGCUGUUAUUGUCGCUACAAAUAUGCUGGAAAGUAUGAUUGUUCAUCCAACUCCAACCCGAGCAGAAGUUUCAGACAUUGCUAUAGCUGUCCGAGAGGGUGCUGAUGCAGUCAUGCUUUCUGGAGAAACUGCACAUGGGAAAUUUCCCUUGAAAGCUGUUAAGGUCAUGCACACUGUUGCCCUGAGAACUGAGGCAACUAUUCCUGGUGGGGAAUCACCUGCAGACCUUGGUCAGGCUUUCAAGAACCACAUGAGCGAAAUGUUCGCGUACCAUGCAACAAUGAUGUCAAAUACCCUUCGAACAUCAAUAGUGGUUUUCACCAGGACAGGAUUUAUGGCUAUACUGCUUAGUCACUACCGUCCAUCCGGCACUAUUUUUGCCUUCACAGAUGAGUAA